AUGUCUACUGUUACAAUUGGAACACAUGAUGGUAAAUUUCAUACCGAUGAAGCUUUUGCAUGUUUUUUGUUAAAAUGCCUUCCGGAAUAUAAAGAUGCUCAAAUUAUUCGUUCCCGUAAUCAAGAAAAACUUGAUUGUUGUACAAUCGUUGUUGAUGUUGGUGGUAUUUUUAGUCAUGAAAAAUUGAGAUAUGAUCAUCAUCAAAGAACAUUUAAUGAAACUAUGGCAUCUCUUAAUAUUUUACCAAAUUUUAAUACAAAAUUAUCAUCAGCUGGUUUAAUUUAUGCAUUUUAUGGAAAAAGAGCAAUUGCUUCAAUACUUUCUAUUCCUGAAUCACAUGAACAUAUUCCUUUAUUAUACAAUAAAAUGUAUGAACAUUUUGUUGAAAAUGUAGAUGCAGUGGAUAAUGGAAUAGCUCAGUGUGAUUGUAAAAAAAGUGAGAAAAGAUAUUCUAAAGCUGAAUCUUUAGAUAGUCGUGUUUCUGAUUUAAUGCCUUAUUGGAAUGAUCCAAAUCAAAAUACUGAUGAAAGAUUUUUAAAAGCAGUUAAUUUGACUGGUGAAUCUUUUACUAACAAAUUAAGUUUUUAUUUCAAAGCUUGGUUACCUGCUAGAGAAAUUGUCAGAAGUGUCAUUAAUAAUAGAUGUGAUUUUCAUGAAAGUGGAAAAAUAAUUCUUCUCCCUGAUUGUGGUUUACCAUGGAAAUCUCAUUUAUUAGAAAUUGAAAAAGAACUUGAUCUCACUAACGAUGAAAUUUUGUUUGCAAUUUUUAAAGAUUCACAGGGAAAUGGAUAUAGAGUUUCAACAAUUCCUCUUCACGAUGAUGGAAGUUUUGAUUUUAGACUUGGAUUACAUGAUAAAUGGAGAGGACUUAGAGAUGAUGAAUUAGUAGCUACCAGUGGCAUUCCAACUGCAUACUUUGUUCAUAUGAAUGGAUUUAUUGGAGGUGCUAGAACUUUAGAAGAUGCAAAAGAAAUGGCAUUGAAAUCAAUGGAAUCUGUUGGAUGUGUUAUAAAGAGAAGUAAGAGAGUUAAGAGAGAUGAUUAA